AUGAACUUCUCUUACAACAGGCUCGAAGGUCCAAUACCGCAAGGCACUCAGAUUCAAGGCCAGGAUACUUCUUCAUUUGCUGACAACCCCGAGCUCUGCGGUGCUCCUCUCCAAGAAACCUGCGGCAGAAAAGAAAAAGAAGAAGCAACAAAGCAAGAGGAAGAUGAAGCAUUUAGCUGGAUCGCAGUUGCAAUAGGCUACGUACCUGGUGUUUUCUGUGGUCUCACCAUCGGUCACAUUCUCUUUUUAUGUAAACCUUACUGGUUCGUGAGGAUCUUUCACUCUUUUACUUGA